AUAACCAGUCGUUUAAACCUUCUAGAAACGUCCUUUACCUAUUCCUCAAAUCACCAACAAAUCAUAUAACAUACAUCCACUCGUACUCCAACGUAUGUGCACGCACUUGACAAACACUCAAAAUCGCAAAGCAUUUUUCACCAUUGUUGAGGCAAUUGUCAACAGUCAAUUGUUCCAUCGUAGUUAUCCAGAUUAUAGUUGAGGAAAAAUAAAUAAUAUCUCUCGACGUCUGGAAACAAAAAAAAGGAAAAAAGGAAAAAAAAGUCAAACGGUGCAACAAGUACUCGAGUGCGAAUAUACGUCGCAGUGAAGGAAAAGGAGAGAAAGUAUUUAUCUGACAGAAAGAGACAGUGUAGCAAUAUACAUUGGUUGGUCACUAUAGCGAGCAGUUCUUCUACACCCUGGUGUAGAACGUCAGCAGACAACCGGCAAGUCACACCGGACCGACAAUCCCUCCAGUUACAUAUUGUUAUCUCCAUCAGACAGUCCAGGAACUAAUCUAGUGAAGGUGAUAUUGAAUAAAGACCCUUUCAACACCUCCCCCGAACUAUUUAAAACCACCUGCUAAAUAGCAAAACGUGCCCAAGGAUAAAGGGGAGAAGAUGUCAUCCCAAAGGCGGCAGAUGAUGCAGCCCUGGCCCCUCUGCAUCAUGCCCUUCUCCAAGCCCAAGGAACGCUUGGUCCUUCCCAAAUAUUACAGCCGAGUGCCAACCUUAACAUCAUCGACAACAAGUUCAACUUUACCAGAGGAUUGUGCAUCCAAUACUACACUUCUUACAAAUGCAAGUCCAUUCAACAGUCAACAAGCUUUAAUAACGGAUAAGGGUCGAGGGAAGAGUAAUAAUAGUUACCCGAGUCACUACUAUGCCGAAAAUUUGAGACAUGAGAACGAAAUAAAAAGUUCCCGAAUUUACAAUCCUUUGAACAAGGAUCUCAAGGAAUAUACGCAGUUGGAGCCAUUGGUAGCCAGAGAUCGAUUGGAGAUUGCCGACGCUGAAUUACCAAUGGGUUCCCAGAUUCAGCUAGAGGACAAGAACAAUGAGCCUUCAAGUCCUUCAACUCCAAGAGCGCCUAAGCUCCGAGCUAAAGCGAUUAUUAUCCAAGUGCUUGCUGCACUCACAGUUUCGUUGGGAUCGAUGAUGGUAGGAUUCUCGAGCUCUUAUACGUCAACAGCUUUGCCGUCUAUGAAUGCUACAGCACCAUUUGAAAUUGAUGAACAAAUUAGCUCAUGGAUCGGAUCUAUACUGCCACUGGCUGCUCUUUUCGGUGGAAUAAUUGGCGGUCCGCUAAUCGAAUAUAUCGGAAGACGAAGUACAAUUCUUGUGACAGCUUUUCCGUUCAUUGGAGCAUGGCUUUUCAUCGGACUGGCCAACAAUUUUUGGCUGGUAUUAGUUGGACGUGGUAUAUGCGGUUUAUGUGUGGGCAUUACUUCCCUAUCGCUUCCAGUGUAUCUCGGCGAAACGAUUCAACCUGAAGUUCGUGGAACUCUUGGUCUCCUACCAACAGCCUUUGGCAACAUCGGAAUACUAAUUUGUUUCAUCGCAGGAACGUAUCUGAACUGGUCACAUCUUGCUUUCCUUGGCGCUUGUCUGCCAGUGCCAUUUCUCCUGCUCAUGUUCCUCAUUCCCGAAACUCCAAGGUGGUAUAUUUCCAAGGGCAGAAUGAAGCGUGCACGCAAAUCACUUGAGUGGCUCCGUGGAAAGACUGGUGAUGUUACUGAGGAGCUCAGUGGAAUUGAGAAGACACAUGUCGAGAGUGAGCGAAACGCUGGAAGCCAACUUAACGCUUUGUUACAACCAAAAAAUAUUAAACCACUGGCCAUUUCAUUGGGGCUCAUGUACUUUCAACAAUUUUCCGGAAUCAAUGCCAUUAUAUUUUACACUGUGGAAAUUUUCGAGAGUGCUGGAAAUUCCGAAGACAGCAACAAGAGUACUAUCAUCGUAGGAAUUGUCAACUUCGCAUCUACCUUUAUUGCAACAGCGUUAAUAGACCGAUUAGGACGUAAAAUACUGCUUUACAUAAGCAGCAUUACUAUGAUUGUAACUCUAGCAAUCCUCAGUGUCUUCUUCUAUUUCAAAGAGAACAUGUACGAUAUGACGUCCGUAUGGUGGCUACCACUGGUUGGCUUUAUAAUUUACGUAAUAGGAUUUUCCCUUGGUUUUGGACCAAUACCAUGGCUGAUGAUGGGAGAAAUUUUGCCAGCUAAAAUUCGAGGACCCGCUGCCAGUAUUGCUACCGGUUUCAAUUGGUCUUGUACAUUCAUCGUAACAAAAACAUUCAAAGAUAUUAUUGGACUUAUUGGAACCAGUGGAACGUUCCUGACAUUUGGAGUUAUAUGCAUUUUGGGACUGGUAUUUGUUAUAUUCGUUGUGCCAGAAACGAGGGGUCGAUCGCUCGAGGAAAUUGAGAGGCGAUUGACUGGACCAGUGAGAAGAAUGAGUGCAAUUGCAAAUAUGAAACCUGUACCAACUGGUUGCUAGUUUCCACGAUCAUUUUAUUGAUCUUGUACUACUUUGUGGAUGGAAUUGCGAUCGAUAUGAAUAGCCAAUGGCAGGAUACUGUUAGACGAGCUCUCUUACUCCGUCAUUAUUAUGUUUAUUUCAUCUCGUGUUUUGCUUGUCUGCAAUCAAAUAAUGUAAUCUAGUUCAGAACAAUAGUUUUUUUUACGUAGAUAGUUACGAGAGCCAAAGGCGGAUACAUUUUGCUCAAAUAGCAAAUGGUGCUGAACGUUGAAGGUAUUUGACCUUCAACAAAAUAUUCCAUGAUUCUCAUGUUUUUAAAUUGACAUAUUGGUACAGGUGACUAUUGGCACUUGUUUUCGUGAAGGGUAUAGUCAGUAAUGGAAUCAAAUGUAAGAAUUUUAUUUUUUCAUGAAUUUCAUCCUGGAAAGUCCUCAAGAGUCUACCUCAUGGCAAUUAUAUGUAUAUAAUAAUUCCACUAGUGGAGCAUGAGUGUACUCCAAGUACACUUUUAGUCUGAUCAACUUAUUUUUAGAGAAUAUUUAAUUUUUAUAAACGGCUGAUUCCUGUCGUUAGUUAGAUCUUUAAACUAUAUAGUCGAGUAAUUGUACAUAUUGUGAGAAAGGCUUAAACAAUCAAGAUAUUCGUUGAAAUGUAGAUCGUUGAAUGUAAAUAGGUGAUGAUAGUAAAGAGAGUUUAGGAUCAGUUGCACCAGAUUCAGCUAGAUCAUUUCUAGAAUAACAAAUCAACUACUCUGUACUGCUUGCAUAACGUCAAAUCUACCCCAAGGGUUGGUAAUAGAUGAAAAAUUCUGGUGUAACUCUCCGUGAUUUUUUAAAAAUUAAUCUACCGUGUGCCUUACAAUUUAGAAAAUUGUUAGAUUACGUCGUGAGCUUGCAAAGACAGUUUUUGAUAUUGUAUUGUAUCGAUACAGACAAUGAGGCAGAACAAAGUUAUUUUAUCAAUGAAAGUUUGAAGUUAUUGAGACUUUUUAUCCAAAUCCGUAGCGUACUUAAAUAAAGUCCUAUUGGAAAUUGAAAUUUGAUAGUUUGUGCCACUUAAAUAGAGCAAGUGCACUACCUUAGAUAUUCCAAUGUCAUUGAUUGAGAUUGUUUAUCAAUAAAAUGUCCAGAUGAAAUGAU